AUGGCGCCUCAACCGUCCUCCAUAACGGCCUUGUCAGCACCUGGCAAAGUCUUGCUGACUGGUGGCUACUUGGUACUUGAUCGCGCAUACACUGGGACUGUGUUCGCUCUCGAUGCGCGCAUUCAUGUUAUUGUUCAGCAGUUGAGGAGGGGUCACCGUGGGCAAGCCGGGUCAGGGCCAGAUUCUAAGGCAGCGAAUGAAGCGCAAUCUUCGAAGCUGGAAGGAUCGGCUGCUGAUGAAGGUGAAGUUGAGGAUACCAUUGUUGUGCGCUCACCGCAAUUCGUGAAUGCGGUCUGGGAAUACACCAUCCAGCGAUGCGAAAAUGGCGGCGGCGUCAAGGUGGUUCAGAAGGGAGAUACACCCCGCAAUCCUUUCGUUGAAACCUCCCUCAGCUAUGCAUUGACUUAUAUUAGCUAUGUCGCCGACUCGAAGGAUUUUGGAUCCUUGUCCGUAACCAUUUUGGCCGAUAAUGACUACUACUCUGAGACUGCUACAUCAAAGGGCCCCGGCUCCCAACUACGAGGUGGGCGUUUUGUCAACUUCGGUGUUCCUUUGCAAGAAGCACACAAGACGGGGCUGGGCUCCUCCGCUGCCCUGGUGACGGCUCUUGUUUCUUCCCUGGUUAUUCAUCGAACUAUGCAGGCGGAUGAUCUCGGCGCAGGUCGCGACAAGCUUCAUAACUUGGCUCAGGCUGCUCAUUGUGCGGCGCAAGGAAAAGUUGGCUCAGGCUUCGAUGUAGCAGCCGCUGUGUAUGGAUCUUGUCUGUACAAGCGGUUUUCACCUGCGAUUUUGGAAUCUGUAGGCGAUGUCGGAUCUGCAGGAUUUGACGAAAGAUUGUUUGCUGUUGUGGAGGAUGCCAGUGCGGAUCAUCCUUGGGAUACCGAGUGUGUUGAUUUUGGUAUGCAGCUCCCGCGAGGAAUGCAGAUGGUACUGUGCGAUGUCGAGUGCGGUUCGCAGACCCCUUCAAUGGUCAAGAAGGUGCUAGCAUGGAGGAAUGAGAAUCGGAAAGAAGCCGAUAUUCUGUGGGCUAGUCUCCAGAAUAACAAUGAGCGACUUCGUCAGGAGCUCAAGCGUCUAGCACAACACCCAGAUGCCAAUACUGAUGGUGAAUUCACGGAAAUUCAAACUUAUCUCCAGCGUACGCGUCACCAUAUCCGCACAAUGACCCGCCGGACGGGUGUGCCCAUCGAGCCAAGUGUGCAGACUGAGCUGCUGGACAGACUAUCUGACGUCGACGGUGUCAUUGGUGGUGUGGUGCCUGGCGCAGGAGGAUACGAUGCCAUUGUGUUGUUGAUUCGAGACGACCAAUCGGUCAUUACAAGGCUAAAUGAGCAGUUCGAGGACUAUCAGAGUUUGGUGGAAGAUGAUUUCGGUGGGAAGAUUGGAAAUGUGCGGCUGCUUGGGGUGCGGCAUGGAUCAGAGGGGGUGAAGAAUGAAGUGCUGGAGCAAUAUGCAGGAUGGGUCUAG